AUGUUCAUCUACAUCACCCACAGUGACAACCAGAGUUUCCUGGCCAACACCGACUGCCCCGUGCUCCUGCUGCUGUCUCACCUGCGCAGCAAAGUGGGGGUCCCCCCCAGUGAGGCCGUCGACCUGUGUGACAAGCUGGGCAGCCCCAAGAUGCUUUUCCAAGUGAAAACCAUGCAGGACAGAGCCAGUGACUUCCUCCCGGCACGCAGCACCUACUAUGUCUGUAGGGUUGAGUUUGGUGCCCCUGGCACUGCACAGGAGCAGACAGCACAGUCCUUUGUGCCCAUCCUGAAGAAUCCCAGCGUGGCGUUGACUGAGGCGUUGCGGCUGCACGGACAGUACCCACAUCGGAAGCCGCUCCGUUCCUCAAAGACACUGGAAAGCAGGAAGGGACCAAGCACCGAGAUGCUGCCCACUGCGGCCCACACUCUGGGAGCGGGCAAGGCAGCAGGGAGAGGCGCAUCCCGACCCCGGGAGGAGCAGCACGGUUCUCCCCGCAAGACCACAACGGCAAAACCACAAUCGGGGGGGCGGCAGCAGCCGCGGCGGCGCUGA